GGUUGCCUGGCGGAUGACGGCGCACGGUGGUUGCCGGACGAUUGAUCGGGUGGCUGCCUGGCGGUUCGGCCGGCGGGCGUAUUGGGCUGGGCCGGGCGGGCCGAGUGGGCCGGGCCAGGCCGGGCUGGGCUGCGCCUGCUCGGCUGCACCGGCGCCUGGUGCGGAGGAUGGAGCCGGAAUCGGAGCUGGAAGAGGACUCUGAGCUAGAUCCGCGGCAGCUGUCGCUCACCAUCGCCUGCAUCGUGCAGCGGCUGCGGGGGUCGCAGCUGCACUCGGAGCUGGAGCGGGAGGCCAGGACAAGUCUACAUAAAACAGAAGUUCGUCUUGAAUCUUUGAAGGAGGAUCUGAAGGAAUUCUUGCGAAAAUCGGGUUGGGAAAAGAAGCUACAGAACGCUGUCUAUCGUGAGCUCAAUGUCCUUCCUGAACUUGGCCAUGCAUGUUCACCAGCUGAACACAUCAAGGAGGGACUGAUGUACAUAAGACGUGCACAGAUAAACUGGGAAAAGCGUGUUCUAAAAAGUUUAAACAGUAUGUGCACAGAGAUGAGCAUCCCUCUAGCAAAAAAGAGAUCAGCAGAUGAACAGAAAGAGCUUUUGCACAAAUGGAAUGAGAUGGGGACUGAUGAGCCAGAUUUGAGCCGUUUCCGACCUGUCUAUGCUCCUAAAGAUUUUCUGGAGGUUCUGAUUAAUCUUCGCAAUCCAAAUUUUGAUGGCGGUGACCCAACUGGUCUGAAUGGUAGUUGGGGUUUAAUCAAUGUUCCUUUGAAAGUUAAAGACCUUCCUGCACUGAGAAAUUUAUACACUGAACUUGGUUUGAAUUACGAGCAACUUGGGAUUGAUGAUUCGAUGCAGAUCUCCCCUGAACCUUUUGAAAUUGAGUACAUACGUCUUGGGCAAAAAGUUUUGUCUAAGAAGGACAGUGCUGCUGCCCAACAGUACGUUCGACAGGGAUGUCCAACAACAUUACGUGCAGAUAUGUGGGCACUCAUUCUGAAUGUCACCAAUCAGCUGGCGGAUUCUUUGUAUUAUGAACAACUGAAAUCGAAUGUAAUUCAACACGAUCUUUUAGUUGACAACCUCAUCUACAAGGAUGUGAAGCUAACAGCCAGCAAUGAUGAUUACUAUUUUGUAUUUGAAGAUUAUUUGUAUCAGGUGCUGCUAUGCUUUUCUCGAGAUGCACUCGUUCUUGAUCAUUUCAACUACAGCAGUGCUUCACCUCCCAAGUCAUAUAUCAAAGGAAAAGUUGCAUUAGAAGAUUAUGCUGUUGUGUACCCACCAAAUGGAGUAGUUCCAUUCCAUGGAUUUGCAAUGUAUGUUGCUCCACUCUGUUUUCUCUACCACGAACCAUCCAAACUGUACCAAGUUUUCCGUGAGAUGUAUGUGAGAUUUUUCUUCAGGCUUCAUAACAUCUCAUCUCAUUCCUCGGGAAUUGUAUCACUUUGUCUGGUGUUUGAGACGCUCGUUCAGACAUACCUUCCUCAACUCUUUUAUCAUUUACGUGAAAUUGGUGCACAACCACUUCGGAUAUCAUUUAAAUGGAUGGUUCGUGCAUUCUCAGGAUAUCUAGCAACCGAUCAACUUUUGUUUCUUUGGGAUAGGAUUUUGGGAUAUAACUCGCUGGAAAUUCUUGCUGUGCUGGCAGCUGCUGUAUUUGCUUACAGAGCAGAAAACUUAAUGGAAGCAACAUCACUGGCUGCAGCUGAAGCUAUACUUGCUGAUCUUUCCACGCUACAGGUCAUGCCUCUUCUACAGCUUUUCCUGUUUGCUACUUCUAAUUAAACUGUAUUGUUUGAAAUGGAUGAAAAUGUAUAUAGUCACCUUGCCAAUUCUGUAUCACACCUUAACAGUAUGAUGGCAAGCCAAUGGGGGUGCCUGCAUGAGAAAGUGAAAUAAAAAUGUACACAUAGAUGACAGAGUACUUUUAUUUAAGUUUAUGUAAACAUUAAUAAUAAAGCUAUUUAUGAACUUUACGAGUGACAAAAAAAAUACUUGUGUAGAAUUGAGAAUAUCAUAAUUCCUUAUAAAAAACACUGUUAAAGAUCAUUUUUCUGUUUUUAAUGAUUUCUACUGUAAAAUCAUAGAUCGAAAUGAAUGUGUUACAUCAGUUGUUCGUGUAUAGUCGGCGAAGUCCUCCCAUGUUAGUUAUCAUCUGUAUCAAACAUUCUUGCUAUUUGGUUCAUUCUAUAAUUUACCUUAACACAUUACUGAAAAUGUCUUAAAAUCUAAUUUUAAAUUCUAAUUUUUCAUAAUAUGAAUACAAUUCUAAUAAUUUCAUUUUUUGGAGUAGACCUUGUACUUACUAUAAAUGUGGCUUGAUCAAAACUAUUUGAAUGUAAAGAAAAUAGCUGUAAUGUCUUUAAAACUGAAUUCCAUAAUUAAAAAUGAUUUGUUUGAAAAUCAAUGCUGUAAGAAUAAAACUUAUUUCGCUG